AUGGAUAUGCUAGCCAAACAGAUGUCUCAAAUUGCCACCUCGUUGAAUGAGCUGCGUGGAAACGAAGGAAGAAUCCAUGCCUCAGUGAAACCACCGGACAAAGCAAACAUUAGUCAAAUCACCUUGAGAUCAGGAAGGGAGUAUAAAGGGCCCACGAUGAAGACUGAUGAGCAAGGACCGACUGUGAUGAGUAAGGAGACAGAGGACACGGUUCAGCAGAAGGGAAACACCGAAAUAGGGGAAACCAGAACAGAGGAUGAUCCGACCUUCUUGAACCCAGGAACUAAAGUGGAAAAUGAAGAAGUGAGGAAAGAAACUGGAGAGUUUUUCAAGGGAGACUCCAGCAAGACAGCUUUGAAAUUACCUCUCUUCAGUAAGUUUAUCAAGGAGUUCAUUGUGGGUAAGACCAAGUCCGAUAGGAAAAUCGUGAUCGGAGAGAAUAUUUCAACAGUGAUACAGAAGAGGAGGCUGCCAUCAAAGAGAACCGACCCAGGAGUAAGGUUAGUUGAUACGAAGGUAGUGAUCCAAUUGGCUGAUAGGUCAUGCAUAAGCCCAGAAGGUGUGUUAGAAGAUGUGAUAGUUAAGGUGCAUGAUUUCUUGUAUCCUGCUGAUUUCUAUGUGAUUAAUAAGAGUGAACAUGAGUCUGCUGAGUCUAUCGGAGUGCUUUUAGGUAGACCAUUCCUAUGCACAUCUAAGACUAUAAUUGAUGUUUUUGGUGGAACAAUUUGUUUGGACUAUCACGGGGAGAAAUUCACUUUCAACAUUGAUGAGGCUAUGAAAAAACCUUUAGAUGUGGAAAAUCUUCAUGUUGUGGAUAUUAUUAACCCCUUGGUCCAGGAAUAUCUUGAGACUGAACUCAUGCAGAAACAGAUUGAUAAUUUAGAAAUGAGCCACUUCGAAGUUAGCAGGAUGGUGUGA